UUCUACGACAGCAUGUGCAUCGACUCCUCCGCUGGCUAUACCUAUGCGGGCUACUACUACGGCACGGACUCAAGCGCAGGAGACUCCAUUGCUACUGUUGAAGACGCAUGCGGCGCGCCGGUGGGCGAGUUGAACAGCAGUGAAUACCUGACCCUGUUUUCGGACACUAUUGCGGUAUUGGUGAACGAUGAGAGCGAGCCGUUUGAAGCCACCAUCCCGGAGGAGGACAUCGAGACUGAGUGUCAGGCUCUGGGGCUUGCGGUGAUGCCAAAGGACAGCACCAACGGCGUCGACGAGGCAAACGACUUCCUCGCUUACGUCCAAGCAGCGUAUCCCGAGUCGGCCGACCACUGGCGGGCGCUCGAGUCUGAGGCCGAAUUCACGGAGAUAGUUACAGACGAAGGCUACACCAGUGCUGGCGCUGGUCCAGGGCUUUCCUUCGGGGUUGUGUUUUACUCUGGCGGGCCAGACUGGGAGUAUAAGGCAAGGGGUGGGGUGACGGACGGGAUCAGGACGAACUUCACGAAAGAGUCCGACGAUUGGGGGUACUACUACAACAACGUCCCGUCAACGUUUAGCAACACAGACACGAGCUGCAAGGAGCCUGGCGACUGCUUCUGGACAUCGGCCGGUUUCACGUUCGCCAUCCUAGUCGUGAUUUCGGUCAUGUUCCCAGUUGCCAAUACUCUCAGCCACCUCGUGAAGGAGAAGGAGCUGAGGAUCAAGGAGGGCCUCAAGAUGAUGGGACUCACCGGCCUUGCUCACACGGCGUCCUGGGUGUUCCACUUCGUCUGCCUCUUCUUCGGUGUCGCUCUGCUCAUGGUGCUAAUGUUUUUGUACUUGUUUGCCUUCUUCAUGGCGACGACGUCGUUCUGCUUUUUUAUUGCAGCGUUCUUCAGCCGCGCGCGGACGGCAGCCACGAUCGGCACCCUGCUGUUCUUUGUUGCGCUCUUCCCGUACUUCGCGGUCUCGGAUAAGGAGGGCAUCACGGCCAACCAGAGACGGGCGGCUUGCCUGUUACCCUCCACGUGCCUUGCCCUGGGCACUGUACCCCUCGUCGAGUUUGAAGACGCCGGCGUGGGUGUGACGAGUGAGACGGCCGGGUCAAGCGAGAGCGGUUUCACCUUUAAUGACGUCAUCACCAUGCUCAUCGUCGACAUGUUCGUCUAUGCCGUACUGGCGUGGGAGGCGAUGGCAAUUAACUCCGAGUUGCUGGGUCACGACGAGAGCGAGGGCCAACCAUCGGUGGAACCUGCUUCUGAAGAGCUCAGGGCCCAGGUGCCCGCCGGCCAAUGCGUCGCGAUUCGCGGCCUAACGAAGGUGUACCAGAGCUCAGUUGGCGGUUCCAAGACGGCGGUGGACAAGCUAGAUCUCACCAUGUACGCUGGUCAGAUCACGGCUCUGCUGGGCCACAACGGCGCCGGCAAGGUGCGCGUUUGGUCCACCACACGUUCCAAGGGCAUCCUCCAAUUUGCUUGCAACCGUCUGGUGUGCGUGUUGCCCAAUGCUUGGGUAUCCCCUCCUCUUGCCGUGUGGCAGACAACGCUCUUGGCGAUGCUGACGGGGAUGACCCCGGCGACCGAAGGGAAUGCUUUCAUAGCCGGGCGAGACGCCAACAAAGACAUGUCCAACAUCAGGAAGUCCCUCGGCGUCUGUCCCCAGCACGACAUCCUGUACCCUACCCUCACCGUCAAAGAGCACCUCAGGCUGUACGCCGUGCUCAAAGGGGUGCCUCAUGCCAACCUGGGGGAGGCCCUCAAGAAAACGUUGCUGGACGUCGGGCUAACGGAGAAGGAGAACGAGAAAACCAAGACGCUCUCCGGCGGGCAAAAGCGCAAGCUGUCCGUUGGAAUUGCUCUCAUCGGUGACUCAAAGGUGGUGUUCCUAGAUGAACCAACCUCCGGAAUGGAUCCGCACAGCCGACGCUUCACGUGGGACUUGAUCCGCAAGAAUCGGGAGGGCAGGGUGGUCGUUUUGACGACACACUUCAUGGACGAGGCGGAUCUACUUGGUGAUCGCGUGGCGAUCAUGGCGGACGGGAUGCUCAAGUGCUGCGGCAGCUCCCUCUUCCUCAAGAAGCACUAUGGUGUUGGGUACAACCUGACCGUGGUGAGAGGCAUCGAAGGAGACUCACCGAGCUCGACCAAUGGUAAGGAAGGAGGGAACGGCGUGUCCGAAUCCAAGCUGGAGGAGGGGACACCUCACCAUGAGAACGACAAAUCCCACCUACAGGUGGGUCCAAUCAAGGCGGUCGUUCGCUCCCACGUCAAAGGUUCCGUCCUCCUCAGCGACGUUGGGGCGGAGCUGUCGUUCCAGUUGCCAAGUGAAGCGUCUUCUUCGUUCAAGGGAAUGCUGCUCGAGAUGGACGAUCGCAAAGAAGAGCUGGGCAUCAACAGCUACGGCGUGAGUGUGACGACCCUCGAAGAGGUGUUCCUUAGGGUGGCCAGCGAAGCUACCGACCACAAGAACCUCGGGCAUCUAGGCCGUCUCCGACGCGAAAGCAGCCACGCCUCUGACAUGGAAAAGGUGGCCACCCCGAACGAAAGCGUUCAGCAUGGCGUUCCCGAGCACCGUUCCAGCGACCGUCCCUGGGCGUCGGCUUUCCUCUACCAGACUAUGGCUCUGUUGAAGAAACGCCUGCUUACCUUUCGGCGGGACAAGAAGAUGUGGGCGUUCGUGGUGCUCAUGCCCAUCGUCUUCAUUGGAAUUGGCGCCCUUCUAAUCCUAGACUUCGAUAUGAAGGACCAGCCCGCCCUGACCCUCUCCCCACAGGUCUACAAUAACGGGGGUGGGGCGCCCUUGCCAUUCGCGACGGAGUGUUCCAACCCCAUUGCCACCGAUGGUGUUUGUGAUCCUGGCGUGCUGAUGGAAUCGCUUGACAACCCCGACUCGGCGCAAGAAGUUGACCUGGAGCUGUCGCAAGAUGCCGAAUCGGGCGACGCUGUCGGCGAGGCACAGACGGCGGAUGUCGAGGAAAUCAUCGAUUUCGUCCAGACGUUUUUCAUCAUCAUCUUUUCCAUCAUGGCCUUCAGCUUUGUACCAGCAGGCUGGAUCAUGUUUAUCGUCAGGGAGAAGGACACCAAGUGCAAGCACCAACAGCCUCCUCGACUCCUUGACCGCUCACUACCGUUCAACCUGCACCUGCCGGCCAUCGCACCCCAUCUGGACCAGAUCGUGUCUGGUGUGGGACUGGAGGCGUACUGGUUUUCGUCCUUCUUGUGGGACUUUGGGUCGUUUCUCGUCCCGAUGACGUUUGCAAUCGUCCUGUUCAAAGGCCUUGGUGUUGAUUCUCUCUUCGAAAACGGGGCGGACGCGGCGUUUGUGCUGCUGUUCAUCCUGUUCGGCCUGAGCAUGGGCGAUCGACCCUUACCCGAGACCGCGCCCGAACAAUCACACCAGAUGUAGAGUUCUCGAUUCCAUGCCCUUGCGAUCCGCCGAGGUUAUCCCCUUUUUUUUGGAUUGUAGAAGACGGCGGUUGUUUUCACUCUCGCGUUCACAGGUUUUAGAAAGAACGACGAUUUUUGCGCUAUUGACGAAUGCUGCCAGCUUCUGGCGAGCGAUAUACUAUUUAGCCGCCCUGACAAACCGUGCCCCAUACGCCCGACACAGGUUCCCUACACCUACCUCGGAAGCUUCAUGUUCUCGUCUCACAGCAAGGCCCAAAACCUUUGGCUGUUCCACAACUUCGUCCUGGGAAUCCUAGGUCCGACGGUUGGUGUUGGUAGUGUGCAUGUUUGCCUGCGGCUGUUCGGAACAAAGGUUAAGACACGUCGUGCUUGUGAUGAUGCUCUAUUGGAUUUCGUCGACCGUACACCAGGUGCCCAUGGUUGUGAGCCGUGGUUAUUUGUCCUUUCACGGAGGCGGGGCAAUGCUGUUGUCAUUUUCUUGGGCCUCUUUUCAUCUAUGAAGGUCCCUGGCUUGUUGUACGCGUGUUGCGGGGUCUAGUACGGGUCCAGAGGCACAUCAAGUACUUCACCUCUGAUGGCAAUCAACCGCGGUAGGACCAACUAUUUGCCUCAUUUAGAGCCGAUGAUAUGGGAGCUUGCCGUGUGGUAUUUGUCGCAACUGAUGUCGUCGCUGGGGUCGGCCUUGCUGUUUCAACGCAUCCGGUUCGCGACUCAUUCUUACCAACUUACCAUCACCAUGGUGUGCCUCCUGCUUCUCUCCCACACUUCACCUGGUGUCCGCUCGUUACCCCCACUACCCCUUCCAGGUCCGGUAGCGAUAAUGUCGGUAAGUGCCUUUCGGUACGGGCACGGGGGAGGGUGCAGGCGAAUGUCGUAUUCGUGCGGUAGAGAGUGGGGGGGGUUGUUUUGGCCCACCUCGCUGACAUGAUACAUCGAAGGUCGUAAGGCGGACUGCUUGUUUCGGCAUCGCUCCUUGCUGUGCUUGAGGUUUGCCCGUU